AUGCUAAACAUCAUUGGCAGCAAAAAUCACGCUCUUGAAGGCCGUGUGAUACGAAGACUGGUGUGUCUCACUGAGCGUGUUGAUGACAUGGUUGCAGAAUUCGAUAGACGUGUUGCCCUUGGUGCGUCUGAUAUAUCGGAAGCCGAUGCACUUGAAUCCUCAGACCCCACAGAGAACAGACGGUACCAAACAUACAAGAAGCUCCUAAGAUGGUGCCCUUCGGUGCGAAAGCUUGUACAAUCCUCAGCCGACAGCUUUGAACUGGCCGAAUUAUAUAGCAAGCUUAAUCGUGGUGCUGAUGCCGCAAGAGCAGAUGACACUACGAGCCUCAAGUUUAUUAUCGCUGUGUGGUUGAUGCAGAUGGUUCCAACUCCAAACCCUUCCAUUCAGUGUCAAGACAAAUAUGGCCGUGGGUUCUACCAUGAUGUGACAGGGAGAUUACUAUGCCCUGUUGAUUACAACUGGAAUGAUGCUACUGUCCGAGAGGCCAUUCGCUCUUACCAUCCUGACUAUUGUGUCACGUCAUACUCUUGGCCAUCAUUUCUAUACAAGGAUGGACAAUACGACGCAAUAAAUCCUACAAAAGGAUUCCUCAAAGGUGAACUCCUUGUGAAGGUGGUCAAACAUAUAUUUACGUCUCCUAGUUCAGCGGAAGAAGACCCAGAAAUGUUGCAACCUGACACUAGCGCCGAGACACCUUCACAAGUCCAUCUCCCUAAACGUCGGAGGACUGCAGGAGAGAGGCGCACACGGUGUGAUCUACAUUUUGCAUUGUCCAGUGCCGGCGCAUGGCGGAUUAUUGAUGAUGACUUUGACCACAACGAAUUCUAUCACAACAUUGUCGAUUAUUUCGAACUUCCUUCUUCACCGGAUGCAGCAAAAGACAUAGAAAACCUCUUGUUAUGGUGGAACUGCCAAGUAUUUGGCUGCAGGAAUGUGUCGCAUUACCGACCUCAGAAGACCAGCACAAUGUCAGUUGCGAUGACUGCUCGACAUGCCCAAUGA